UUUUUUUAUGAAGAUGGACAAGACAACAUUCAUAAUGAGAAAGGAGAAAUCGUUUACAAUCCGGUGGAGGAUGUUCUUAUACAAAUUGAUGAUCCGAUUUUAAUUCCUAAAACAGCUACUAGCCAGAAAACCUAUUUAAGUGUUAAACGCCUGGAGAAAACUGUUGAAGAGUCUUCACCUAAAAAGCAACAGAAGACUAAGGUACCAGAUUUGGAUAGAUUAUACAAAAACUAUAGGGACUUUACUAGAGAGACGUUUAUGUGUCGUAUGAUUGAAAAGUCUAAAGAACGUGGGUUG